AUGUCAGUGAUAUGCAGCUUUCGUGGAUCCGUACCUCAAGGCUUAGUCCUGGAAAUAGGAGAAACUGUUCAGAUUCUGGAAAAAUGUGAAGGUUGGUAUAGAGGCGUUUCAACAAAGAAACCUAAUGUAAAGGGGAUCUUUCCUGCAAACUACAUUCAUUUGAAAAAGGCAAUUGUCAGCAACAGGGGGCAAUAUGAAACUGUUGUCCCACUGGAAGAUUCUAUUGUGACAGAGGUCACAGCAACACUACAAGAGUGGGCUAGUCUCUGGAAGCAACUCUAUGUGAAACACAAAGUGGAUCUUUUCUACAAAUUACGUCAUGUAAUGAAUGAACUUAUUGACCUUCGGAGACAGCUGCUGUCAGGUCACCUUACUCAAGAUCAGGUGCGAGAGGUCAAGAGACACAUCACAGUGCGUUUGGACUGGGGGAAUGAGCAUUUGGGCCUGGACCUAGUUCCUCGAAAGGACUUUGAAGUGGUGGAUUCUGAUCAGAUUAGUGUCUCUGAUCUCUAUAAAAUGCACUUAUCUAGCCGGCACAGUGUCCAACAAAGUACGUCCCAGGUGGAUACCAUUCGUCCACGUCAUGGAGAAGCCUGCCGGAUACCAGUGCCGCAUCAUUUUUUCCUCAGUCUAAAGAGUUUCACUUACAAUACCAUUGGAGAAGAUACAGAUGUCUUUUUUUCCUUGUAUGACAUGCGAGAGGGCAAACAGAUCAGUGAGCGGUUUCUGGUGAGACUGAACAAGAAUGGUGGGCCAAGGAACCCAGAGAAGAUAGAUCGAAUGUGUGCCCUUUUUACAGAUCUGAGCAGCAAAGAUAUGAAGAGAGAUUUAUACAUAGUUGCCCAUGUGAUCCGAAUAGGUCGUAUGCUGCUGAAUGAUUCUAAGAAAGGUCCUGCGCACUUACACUACCGACGCCCUUACGGCUGUGCGGUCUUAAGCAUUGUGGAUGUUCUUCAGUCACUUUCUGAAUUAAAGGAAGAAAAAGAUUUCGUUCUUAAAGUUUACACAUGCAACAAUGAAAAUGAAUGGUACCAGGUCCAUGAAAAUAUCAUCCGAAAGUCUAGCACAAAGUACACUGCCCCCAGCUCCAACUACGGUCUUAUAAUUUCUUUGCAGCUUCUUCGUGGGGACAUGGACCAGAUUCGGAGGGAAAAUCCUAUGAUCUUUAACAGAGGCUUGGCAGUUACCAGGAAAUUGGGUUUCCCUGAUGUCAUCAUGCCAGGUGAUAUCCGAAAUGACCUCUACCUAACCCUGGAAAAGGGAGAUUUCGAGAGGGGUGGAAAGAGUGUGCAAAAGAAUAUCGAAGUGACCAUGUAUGUUCUCUAUGCAGACGGAGAAAUUUUAAAGGACUGCAUCAGCCUUGGCUCAGGAGAGCCCAGCAGGACUUCUUAUCACUCCUUUGUCCUCUACCAUAGUAACAGCCCUCGCUGGGGGGAAAUCAUCAAAUUACCCAUCCCUAUAGAUAGGUUCCGGGGCUCCCACCUGCGCUUUGAAUUCAGACAUUGUUCUACAAAAGACAAAGGAGAGAAGAAACUGUUUGGCUUUGCAUUCACUCCUCUGAUGCGAGAUGAUGGUACCACCCUGUCAGAUGACAUCCACGAGCUCUACGUCUAUAAGUGUGAUGAGAAUAGUACAUUUAAUAACCAUGCACUCUACCUGGGCCUUCCAUGCUGCAAAGAAGACUACAAUGGCUGUCCCAACAUUCCUUCCAGCCUCAUCUUCCAGCGCAGCACUAAAGAGACCUUCUCUAUCUCCACACAGCUGUCUUCCACCAAACUCACUCAAAAUGUGGACCUCCUUGCUUUGCUGAAGUGGAAGGCUUAUCCAGACCGAAUCAUGGAUAUUCUGGGGCGCCUCCGGCAUGUCAGUGGGGAGGAAAUCGUUAAGUUCCUGCAAGACAUCUUGGACACACUAUUUGUGAUUUUGGAUGAUAAUACUGAAAAAUAUGGUCUUUUGGUCUUUCAGUCCCUGGUGUUCAUCAUUAAUCUGCUCCGGGACAGCAAGUAUUUCCAUUUUCGGCCUGUGAUGGACACGUACAUCCAGAAGCACUUUGCUGGAGCAUUGGCAUACAAAGAACUAAUCCGUUGUUUAAAGUGGUACAUGGACCGCUCAGCAGAACUCGUUCGACAGGACCAUAUUCAAGAGGCCAUGAGGGCUUUGGAAUACCUUUUUAAGUUCAUUGUCCAGUCUCGGAUACUUUACUCCAGAGCUACAUGUGGAAUGGAAGAAGAACAAUUCCGAUCCAGCAUCCAAGAACUUUUCCAGUCCAUCCGAUUUGUCCUGAGCUUGGACAGCCGAAGCUCUGAAACACUCCUUUUCACACAGGCUGCUCUGCUGAACUCUUUCCCUGCUAUCUUUGAUGAGCUGCUGCAGAUGUUCACUGUGCAGGAGGUCGCAGAGUUUGUGAGAGGGACUCUGGGGAGCAUGCCCAGUACGGUGCACAUUGGACAGUCCAUGGACGUGGUGAAACUUCAGUCUAUUGCCCGCACAGUAGAUAGCCGCCUGUUUUCCUUCUCUGAAUCCAGACGCAUCCUUCUCCCUGUGGUCCUUCAUCAUAUCCACUUACACCUAAGACAACAAAAGGAGCUGCUGAUCUGCUCAGGGAUCCUCAGCAGCAUUUUCUCCAUCAUCAAGACCAGUUCGUUGGAAGCAGAUGUAGUGGAGGAGGUUGAAAUGAUGGUGGAGAGCCUCUUGGAUGUGCUCUUACAGACUCUGCUCACUAUCAUGAGUAAAUCACAGUCUCAGGAGGCGGUAAGAGGGCAGCGGUGCCCGCAGUGCACAGCCGAAAUCACUGGGGAGUAUGUGUCCUGCCUCCUGUCUCUGCUCCGUCAGAUGUCAGACACACAUUUCCAACAUUUACUGGACAACUUUCAGAGCAAGGAUGAGCUAAAGGAGUUCCUGCUCAAGAUCUUCUGUGUAUUUCGGAACCUGAUGAAGAUGAGCGUCUUUCCUCGUGACUGGAUGGUGAUGAGGCUGCUCACAAGCAAUAUCAUUGUCACUACUGUCCAGUACCUGUCUUCUGCACUACACAAGAAUUUCACAGACACAGACUUCGAUUUUAAGGUGUGGAAUUCCUAUUUUAGCCUGGCAGUCCUGUUCAUAAAUCAACCAAGCCUCCAGCUAGAAAUUGUCACUCCAGCCAAGAGGAAGAAGAUUCUAGACAAAUAUGGUGACAUGCGAGUGAUGAUGGCUUAUGAACUGUUCAGCAUGUGGCAGAACUUAGGUGAACACAAAAUUCACUUUAUUCCGGGAAUGAUUGGUCCUUUUCUGGGUGUUACACUAGUCCCACAGCCAGAGGUUCGUAACAUCAUGAUCCCCAUCUUUCAUGACAUGAUGGACUGGGAGCAGAGGAAAAAUGGCAACUUCAAACAGGUGGAAGCUGAGUUAAUCGAUAAGCUGGAUAGCUUGGUUUCGGAAGGGAAAGGAGAUGAGAACUACAGGGAGCUCUUCAGCCUGCUAACUCAGCUGUUUGGGCCCUACCCGAGUCUACUAGAGAAAAUUGAACAGGAAACAUGGAGAGAAACGGGCCUUUCAUUUGUCACUUCUGUCACACGUCUAAUGGAGCGCCUUCUUGACUACAGGGACUGCAUGAAAGGAGAUGAAACUGAGAAUAAGAAGAUUGGCUGCACGGUUAAUCUGAUGAACUUUUACAAAUCUGAAAUCAACAAAGAGGAAAUGUACAUCCGAUACAUUCACAAACUGUGUGACAUGCAUUUACAGGCAGAAAACUAUACUGAGGCUGCAUUUACUCUGCUUCUGUAUUGUGAGUUACUCCAGUGGGAGGAUCGACCACUUCGCGAAUUCCUGCAUUACCCACCCCAGACUGAGUGGCAGCGAAAAGAGAGCUUGUGCCGAAAGAUCAUUCACUAUUUCAACAAAGGGAAGAGCUGGGAAUUUGGGAUUCCACUGUGCCGGGAACUUGCAUGUCAGUAUGAAAGCCUCUAUGAUUACCAGAGCCUUAGCUGGAUCCGGAAAAUGGAAGCAACCUACUAUGAUAACAUCAUGGAGCAGCAACGUCUGGAGCCUGAGUUCUUCAGAGUUGGUUUCUAUGGAAGAAAGUUCCCGUUCUUCCUCCGGAAUAAGGAGUACGUCUGUCGGGGCCAUGACUACGAGAGGUUGGAAGCCUUUCAGCAAAGGAUGCUGAGCGAGUUCCCCCAUGCCAUUGCCAUGCAACAUCCCAACCACCCAGAUGACUCCAUCUUGCAAUGUGACGCCCAAUAUUUGCAGAUCUAUGCAGUGACACCAAUUCCAGAUUAUGUGGAUGUCCUUCAGAUGGAUCGAGUACCUGAUCGAAUCAAAAGCUUUUAUCGUGUCAACAAUGUUAAGAAGUUCCGGUAUGACAGACCUUUCCAUAAAGGUCCAAAGGACAAGGACAAUGAAUUCAAGAGUCUGUGGAUUGAGCGUACCACUCUGACCUUGACCCACAGUUUACCUGGAAUCUCUCGAUGGUUUGAAGUGGAGAGAAGAGAGCUGGUUGAAGUGAGCCCUUUGGAAAACGCCAUACAGGUGGUUGAGAACAAGAACCAGGAGCUUCGGACACUGAUCAGCCAGUAUCAGCACAAGCAAAUGCAUGGUAAUAUUAACCUGCUCAGCAUGUGCCUCAACGGAGUCAUAGAUGCUGCUGUUAAUGGUGGCAUUGCCCGAUACCAGGAGGCUUUCUUCGAUAAAGAUUAUAUUACCAAGCACCCAGGGGAUGCAGAGAAAAUCACACAACUCAAGGAGCUUAUGCAGGAACAGGUCCAUGUCCUGGGAGUGGGCCUAGCAGUUCAUGAGAAAUUUGUUCAUCCAGAAAUGCGCCCUCUACAUAAGAAGCUAAUCGAUCAAUUCCAGAUGAUGCGGGCCAGUCUCUACCAUGAGUUUCCUGGUUUGGAUAAACUGAGUCCAGCGUGUUCUGGCACUAACACCACCCGAGGGACUGUUUUGGUGUCCCAUAGUCCAAUGAGCCCAGAAACCAUCAAGAUGGUGCAUCGUCACAGCCCAAUGAACUUGAUGGGAUCAGGCCGUCAUUCAUCAUCAUCUCUCUCCUCUCAUGCAUCCAGUGAAACGGGGAACAUGGUGAUCCUGCCUGAUGGCUCGAUGGGAGAGGUCCCUGAGGACAUGUACCAUCACAUGCAGCUCACUUAUCCCAACACCAGGUACCAGGGCUCAAUCACCAAUGUCUCUGUUUUAUCCUCAUCCCAAGCCAGCCCUUCUUCCUCCAGCCUGAGCUCUACCCACUCAGCCCCAUCCCAGAUGAUGAAUUCUGCGCCACCCAGUGCCCGAGGCUCUCCCUCUCUGCCAGAUAAGUACCGACACUCUCGGGAGCUGAUGAUGCUGCUGCCCGCUCACCGGGACCGCCCAAGCAGUGCCAUGUAUCCAGCGGCAGUCAUGGACCAUGGACAGCCUCCAAAUUUCCAGCGUGCUUUGUUCCAGCAAAUGAUCGGACCCUGUAAGCCCUGCAGUGAUCCUAAUCUAUCUGUUGCUGAAAAAGGACACUAUUCUCUCCACUUCGAUGCUUUCCAUCACCCCCUCGGCGAUGCUCCUCCGGCCCUUCCUGCUCGGACGCUGCGCAAGUCUCCUCUCCACCCCAUCCCUGCAUCGCCCACAAGUCCCCAGUCUGGCCUGGAUGGAAGCAACUCUACCCUGUCCGGCAGUGCCAGCAGCGGAGUGUCCUCCUUGAGCGAGAGUAACUUUGGGCACUCUUCAGAGGUCCCGCCCCGCACAGACACCACGGACUCGGUCCCUAGCCAGGCGUGGAACACUGAUGAAGACUUAGAGACCCCCUACCUCCCUGUGCGGUACAGCCUCUCAGAGCCUGAUGUCUUGGACUCAGUCAAACCCCAGCCGUGCCGAAGCCACUCUGCUCCGAGUGGAGUGGUCCCUCAGGACCCCAUGGACCCUCCUCCGGCUUUACCCCCCAAGCCGUACCAUUCGCGACACCCGCCCCUGGAGCAUGAGGAGGGGAUGAUGAUGAUGGAAGAGGAAGACACCAAGCACCGGCCCCUGCAUCGAAAGGUCUCUCUGCCGCCAGGAAGUAUUAAGGAAGAGCAAGCCAGGGUUGCCUGGGAGCAUGGCAUCAGUGAGCAGUAG